CACUAACUUUUCUCUCUCUCCAGCCGGCUUUCCGUUCGUUUGUUAAUUGUUUGUCUCAUGCAUCCAUGGAAUCCCUUCUUCUCAUCUUCUACAUUUCUAAUUUCUACAUAAACGGAUUCUUCUUUCUCACUUGUGUAUCACUCACUUCUCGUUUCACUUCAGUCAUUGUCGUCAAUGGACUCUUCACUUCCCUCCAUUUUGCUUCUUCUCAUCGCGCUCUCAAUUGUUCUUACCCUCGGUCAAUCAUCGACGAUUGGAGUUCAGUACAUCUCACGCCUUCUUGAGAUUCAGGACCACGAGAGAGCUCCUCCAUCAGUCCAAGUAGCUGCCGCGUACGGUGCUCUUCAACGCCUACUUCCUUCUCAUUCUUCUGCCUUCGAAUUUCGAAUUAUCUCUAAGGAACAAUGUGGUGGAGAAUCUUGCUUUGUUAUUAGAAAUCAUCCUUCUAAGUAUACACGCGAGGGUCCAGAGAUUUUAAUAAGUGGGGUAACUGGAGUUGAAGUUUUGGCUGGACUGCACUGGUACUUGAAGCAUUGGUGUGGUUCACAUAUAUCUUGGGAAAAAACUGGUGGUGUUCAAGUAUCCUCAUUGCCUAAGUUAGGCUCUCUUCCCCGUGUUCAUGAUGCCGGAGUUUUGGUUAAGAGACCCGUUCCUUGGAAUUACUACCAGAAUGCUGUUACGUCUAGCUAUUCUUUUGCUUGGUGGGACUGGACAAGAUGGGAAAAGGAAAUUGACUGGAUGGCUCUCCAAGGCAUCAAUUUGCCAUUGGCAUUUACAGGGCAAGAGACUAUUUGGCAAAAAGUUUUCCAGAAGUUUAAUAUCAGUCGUUCAGAUUUGGAUGACUUCUUCAGUGGUCCUGCAUUUCUUGCAUGGUCACGAAUGGCAAAUUUGCACGGAUGGGGUGGACCACUGCCACAAAGUUGGUUUGAACAACAAAUAGUCCUCCAGAAAAAAAUUCUUGCCAGAAUGCAUGAAUUUGGAAUGACUCCAGUACUUCCAGCCUUUUCUGGAAAUGUCCCUGCAGCACUGAAAAACGUAUUUCCAUUAGCAAAGAUAACACGCUUAGGGAAUUGGUUUUCUGUAAAGAGUGACCCUAGAUGGUGCUGCACUUAUCUUCUUGAUGCAACUGAUCCCUUAUUCAUUGAAAUUGGGAGAGCAUUUAUUGAGCAACAACUGAAAGAGUAUGGAAAGACUGGCCACAUAUACAACUGCGAUACAUUUGAUGAGAAUACUCCACCAGUUGAUGACCCAGAAUACAUCUCUUCAUUAGGUGCAGCAAUCUAUAAUGGAAUGCAAAGUGGUGAUAGUGAUGCUGUUUGGUUAAUGCAGGGAUGGCUGUUUUCUUAUGACCCAUUCUGGAGGCCUACACAAAUGAAGGCACUCCUACAUUCUGUUCCUGUGGGGAGGUUGGUUGUCCUUGAUUUAUUUGCAGAAGUGAAACCUAUAUGGGUUACUUCAGAGCAGUUUUAUGGAGUUCCAUACAUCUGGUGCAUGCUUCACAACUUUGCAGGAAACAUUGAGAUGUAUGGAAUCCUAGACUCAAUAGCUUCUGGACCAGUUGAAGCUCGAUUAAGUGAAAAGUCAACAAUGGUUGGCAUUGGGAUGUCCAUGGAAGGUAUUGAGCAGAAUCCUGUUGUUUAUGAUCUCAUGUCUGAAAUGGCAUUUCAACACAACAAAGUUGAUGUAAAGGUAUGGAUUGACCAAUAUCCAGCAAGACGAUAUGGUAGAUCAGUUUCCUUAAUACAGGACGCCUGGAAUGUAUUAUACCACACACUCUACAACUGCACUGAUGGUGCCUUUGAUAAAAACAGGGAUGUAAUCGUAGCAUUCCCGGACGUUGAUCCAUUCUUCAUUUCUAUUGUUCAUAAAAGGGUUCACCACAAUGGAAAACCAUUAUCAAGAAGUGCAUUAAUGAAGAGCCAAACAGAUUCCUAUGAUCAUCCUCAUCUAUGGUAUUCAACUGCUGAAGUGAUUCAAGCAUUAAAACUUUUCAUCGCCAGUGGGGAUGAGCUAUCAGCAAGUAACACUUUCAGGUAUGACUUAGUUGAUCUGACUAGACAAGCUUUAGCGAAAUAUGCGAACGAGCUAUUCUUAGAGGUCAUAGAAGCCUAUCAGUUAAAUGAUGCUCAUGAGGUAGGGCGACUCGGUCGGAGGUUUUUAGAACUUGUGGAGGAUAUGGAUACACUCUUAGCAUGCCAUGACGGUUUUCUUCUCGGACCUUGGUUGGAAAGUGCCAAGCAGCUUGCCCAAGACGAAGUUCAACAAAAACAAUUUGAAUGGAAUGCAAGAACUCAAAUAACCAUGUGGUUCGACAACACAGAGGACGAAGCAAGUCUGCUCCGUGACUAUGGAAAUAAAUACUGGAGUGGACUUUUACGAGAUUACUAUGGUCCCCGAGCAGCUAUAUAUUUCAAAUAUUUGAUAGAAUCUCUGGAGAAUGGGCAUGGAUUCCGUUUGAAGGAAUGGAGACGGGAAUGGAUAAAGCUCACAAAUGACUGGCAGAGCAACCGGAAUUUGUACCCGGUGGAAAGCUCCGGAGAUGCUCUGAAAACAUCACGAUUGCUUUACAACAAAUACUUUCAAAAUGCGGUCAUAUCUGAUCACUGAUUAAAAACUGUCAUAUUUCCAGAAAAUUUGAAAUUUCUGGAAAAUAAAUAAAUAUAAUAACAUCUUAUUGUAACCAGUAUUUUCCAUAAAAAUCAUGUGUUGCUUGUAGGAUUAGGAUAGGAGAGCAAUUAAUUGGGUGAAUAAACUACCAAAAACGCCGUCUCUGGGGAAGAAGCUUCUUGGUGAAAAAAACGGUUGGAGAAGGGCGAUCGCGUUAUGAAUGUGUAAGGCGUGACAGUUGGUGGGCAGCCCUAUUGUCAAGCUUUCUAGAUCAUUCAAGAAACAUCAACUCUACACGCUUCCCUCAAUUUAUCCCAUGCCCAAAAUGCCCUUGCCUUUUAGGAAGAAAAAUCUCCGGAUUCUCUCAAACUUAAAAAACGGAAGAAAAAAAAAGUUAAUGCAAUAUUUAUUUUUUUUGGGUAGAUUUCAGUUCUUAGCUGUCUCACUCGGUUUCGUGUGGUUUUAAAGUUGUAUUUAUGACGCUUCAAAUCACGCUUGGCAAAAGAUUUGUAGUUUGGGAAAGGAUAGUUCGGGGAAAACGGAAGGGUAUACCUGUCCAAAAAGAUACAGAAAAGUAAACGUGUUUGACUCUGAAGAUAAGAUUGGUCCAAGGAAUAAAUAUCCCUAUUUUAUAUACCUUGUUGGAUUAGGACCCAAAUCAACUAUAAAAGAUAUUGAUCCCCGAGCGAUUUUGAUAAUCUUUUUGGUGCAAGACAGGAGUUUCUGAUAAUGGAAGGUCACAAUUCGUAUGGAACAUCGUGGGCUGAUCAAUGGGAUGACGGCCCGGACCCCGUCGCCGUUCAGGGGAAAAAGAAAAGCAAUGGCACAGGAGCCAAGUAUAAACAGAAGGUAGGAGAAGGGUUGGAGAAGACAAAAGCGGUGGCUUCAACUGGGUUGAAGAAAGUGAAGGAGGGGACGUCUGUUGGGUUUCACUGGAUCAAAGACAAGUAUCAGAAGACUACCCAGAAACACUAAUACAAAACAAUCCUAGUGUUGGAUCUAGUUGUAUUUUGUUGACUUCUUCUUGUUUUUUUUUUUUUUUUUCUUUUAUUGAUUUGAUUUAUAUUUUGUUAUUA